AUGAAGAAAGGAGUGACAAUAGGAGGAAUCAUAUCAUGCACAGCAAUCUUUGCCUAUUUACUAUUCAUUGCACACGCUGUUAUAUCGACUUCUUUAGCUCAUCGCAUAAAAGAACGAGAGUAUUUCAAAAAAAGCUUUGAUGUACUGCAUAAGUUUGACCAAGAGAGGAGUUUCGGUCUAACACGGGUCCUGCCGAAACUUUCCACGAAUAGCUAUCUUGAAGACCAUGAGAAAGAUUUGAGCAGGGACUAUGCUUACCAGAGCAAGAGAGAAAAUGCGACACUUUUAAUGUUGGUACGGAACUGGGAAAUUGAAGGCGCCCUCAAAUCUAUGAGAUCGCUAGAGGACAGAUUCAACAGGAAAUACCAGUACGAUUGGACAUUUUUGAACGAUGUUCCAUUUGAUGAUGACUUUAUCGAGGCAACAUCGGCAAUGGCAAGUGGAAAAACCUUCUACGGCCUAGUACCCACCUCAGAUUGGGAUAAGCCAAGCUUCAUAGACGAAGAGGAAUUCGAAAGUAAUCUACAACUGAUGCAUGAGAAGGGAAUUAUCUACGGUGGUUCUAAAUCCUAUAGAAAUAUGUGCCGCUUCAAUUCUGGAUUCUUCUUCAGGCAAACGCUACUGGAUAGAUAUCAGUACUACUUCCGUGUCGAGCCGGAUGUACAAUACUACUGCGACUUCCCAUACGACCCCUUCGAGAUUAUGCGGAAGCAGCGCAAAAAGUACGGUUUUGUCAUCUCAAUGUAUGAAUAUGAAGAUACUAUUCCAACGUUGUGGGAUGCGGUAGAAGAGUUUAUUGCAGAUCAGCCUGAUAUGAUUGAUUUUGAUACCAAUAGCUAUGAUUUCAUUACUGACGAUAGCAUGAUCGGACUAGAAAUGCCAAUUAUUCAAUCGAAUUCUAACUACAAUCUCUGUCAUUUUUGGUCAAAUUUCGAGAUCGGCGAUCUUUCGUUUUUCAGGAGCAAAGAGUACCUGAACUUUUUCGAGCACCUAGACCAGAGAAAGGGUUUUUAUCUAGAGCGAUGGGGUGACGCUCCAGUUCAUUCUAUUGCUGUUGCUCUUCUUCUCCGGCAAGACGAGAUAAUUCAUUUCGAUGAGCUGGGAUAUUACCACAUUCCAUUUGGAACUUGUCCAGCGGCCCAUAGUAUUAGACUGCGACAAAGAUGCAUGUGUGAUCCAAAUGCCGAGAGCAACAUCGACGUCAAGGCGCACAGUUGUCUGGCUAGAUGGUGGAAAAGCGGGGGUGGCAAAUACUUCAUGAAGCACACAUCGAUAUAG